AUGGAGCCCAAGAGACGAGAGCGCCGGGUCGUCGCCAUCGCCGGUGCGGCAGCGCUCGUCGCCGUCGGCCUCAACAUCGCCUUCUCCGCCGUCGCCGCCCACCGUCGGAGGAAACGACGAGAGCUUCCAGGGUUUACUGCUCAAGCCAACCUUUCAGCUGCUGAGAUUAAAAGAAUAGCUGACCGUAUCAUCUCUAAGUCAAAGGAAACAUACGAUUCAGUGGCUGCAGUGCCCCUAGAUAAAGUCAGUUUUGCAAAUGUCAUUGCACCAUUGGCAGAAUUAGAUGUGCUGCAAUUUCCUCUGGUUCAAGCUUGUGUUCUUCCUAGGAUGGUAUCACCAUCUGAGGAUGUUCGCAAGGCAAGUGCUGAAGCAGAGAAGCUGUUGGAUUCCCACUUUGUGCUGUGCAGGCAGCGUGAAGAUGUUUAUCGUGUCAUAAAAGCAUUCACAGUGAAAGGCGAGAGAAUAGGUCCUGAAGCAACAAGAUUUCUCCACUCCUUGGUGAAAGAGUUUGAGCGUAAUGGAGUUAAACUAUCUCAAAGCAAGAGAAAAGAAAUGGAGAAAUUGAAAUCUCAUAUGGAUGCAUUAAACCUGAAGUAUCUACAAAAUUUGAAUGAUUUCACCAAAUUCCUUCUUUUAGGUGAGGAUGAGCUAGCUGGAAUGCCCUUUGAUUUCCUAAAGGAUCUGGAAAAAGCUGAUGGAAAGUUUAAGGUUCCGUUGACCAGUUACCAUGUUACUCCAAUUCUUGAGCACUGCAAGGUUGGCUCUACCAGGAAGCAGAUUGCUGUCGCUUAUGGACAGAAAGGUGGGAAGGAUAAUCUAGCCAUCCUAGAAAAUUUGGUUCAGCUAAGACACAAGUUUGCUAGAUUACUGGGGUACACCAACUAUGCUGAUUUUGCUAUUGAGCCCAGAAUGCCAAGAACUUCAAGGAAGAUCAAGGAGGAAGGAAAUGCUCAGUUCGGAAUGGAAGAUUUAUUGUACUACAUCAAAAGAGCUGAAGAAUUCAAGGUUGAUCUUGACAUUGGUGAAAUUAAACAAUACUUCCCUGUUAGCCUGGUCAUAUCUGGAAUGUUGAAGAUGUUUCAGGAUCUAUUUGCACUACGAUUUGAUGAAAUUAAGGAUGUGGAUGUUUGGCAUGAUACAGUUCGUGUGUUUUCUGUUUGGGAUGCAAGUUCAAGUGAUCUUUUGGGUUACUUUUUUCUCGAUAUCUUUGCCAGGGAAGGGAAGUAUACCCACACUUGCGUUGUUACACUUCAGAAUGGAUGCUUGUGUUCUAAUGGUACGCGUAAGGUUCCGGCUGCUGUGAUAUUAUCUCAAUGUCCAAAAGAGCUUGAUGGGAAUUCAGCAUUACUGCGGUUCCCUGAAGUCGUGAGGCUAUUCCAUGAAUUUAGCCAUGUGGUCCAUCACGUAUCCAACAGAGCCACCUUUUCAAGAUUUUCAGGUCUUCGACUGGAGGGUGACUUCACUGAAAUUCCAAGCCUACUACUCGAGAAUUGGUGCUAUGAGAGUAUUUCUCUGAAAAUGAUGUCCGGCUUCCAUCAGGACAUUACAAAAUCCAUAACCAGUGAAGCUUGCCAAUCUCUGAAAAGAAGGCGUGAUUUAUUUACUGGCCUGAAAAUGAAACAAGAGAUCCUUUUGUGCCUUGUUGAUCAGAUAAUACAUUCAAGUGAGGAUGUGGACAUUGAUGACUUAAUCAAGGAUCUUCAUCCCAAGGUAAUGCUGGGUAUACCUUUAUUGGAAGGGACCAGUCCAGCUUCAUGUUUUCCUCGUAUUGUUUUUGGCUAUGAUUCUGUGUGCUACAGUUACAUAUGGAGUGAGGUGUUUGCUGCAGAUCUUUUUGUAUCAAAAUUUAAAGACGACUUGCUCAAUCAGCAUGCUGGAUUGCGGUUCAGAAAUAAGGUGUUGGCUCCAGGAGGCUCAAAAGAUCCCCUGGAGAUUAUAACGGACUACCUAGGAAGAGAACCAUCACUCCAACCUUUUAUUCAGAGCAGAAAAAGGAAUAGUUUGUGA